AUUUAAGGCUUCAGCGUUAAGGGGAACAGUGGCUGAGUGUGUCUGUCUGGAGCUGAGCUGUAUCUGUCCUGUGGUUAAGUAAUCUAUUGUGGUUUCAUUUCAGGAACUGACUAAAACAGCGAGACAAAAGCAGAAGAGCAACCAUCAGAACCAAUCAGACGAUGAAGGCCUCAUGGAUGAUUCUGCAGGAGCCAGAGAGGGAGAUGGAGAAAGCAGAGCCGCCAAGGUGAAAAAACCCAGGCGCCAUAAUCCAUUUAUGCUACGAGCUGGAGCAAAGGGUCAGUCUGAUGAUGAAGGGCUGGAAGAGGAAUAUGAUUCUUCAUCCAAAGAAGAAACGAAAGAUGAAGAGGGCAAGGAAAAAAGAGAGACCAAAGUGAAGAAACCGAAGAAACACAAUCCUUUCAUGCCAAGGGGGAAGGGCAAAGGCCUUAGGAAGAACGCUCAGGACGGCGCUGCAGGCACAGGAGAGAAUGGAAAAAGAACUUUAUUCGACCAGCUGGAGGAUUUACGUAUUGACCCGUCAAAGCCUGAAGACAGACAGGACUUCGAGGGACUUAUGGAUUGGUGGAACACAGUGGAGUCCUGGGAGGACACGCCUCAAGAUGAAGACAUGACGGAAAAAGAGGAGGCCAAGGCUUUUGCUGUGACGGCGGACAAGGUGCAGAAGGGAAUCCGGGUCUUCAACAAACUGUUCUCGGAGCGCGCCGAGAGCCUCUGGCAGCACGUCAUCGACCUCAACAGCAUCGCAGAUGGCCUGGACAAGUUCAGCAAGAACACAAAGAUCGCUCAAAUCACCGGCGGCUCCACCAGCGCCAUCGGGGGCGUGGCCACCAUCACCGGCCUCGCUCUGGCCCCGGUCACCAUGGGAAUCUCUUUGAUUGUGACGGCGGUGGGAUUGGGUGUCGCUACAGCAGGCGGUCUGACAUCUGCAGGUGCCGGUAUCUCCAACCAGGUCAACAACUCCAUGGACCGCAAGAAGGUGGAGAAGAUCGUGCAGGACUAUCAGGAGAAGAUGGCCGACCUCAACAAGUGUCUGAAAUUCAUCAAGCAGGGUAUCGAGAACAUGAAGAGGUUUGACCUGAUCAAGAUGAAAGAACACGCCUACAACCGGGACUUCCCUGUGCUCAGCAAGAGUUUUUACGAGGACGGUGCCAUGGCAGGGAAAGCCAUCCUCAUCAACGCUAACGAGAUCAUGCGCGUGGUGCAGAUCGCCAACGUGGCGGGAAGCACCGCAGCGAGAGCGGUCCAGAUCGCAAGUAUGGCCACCGGUGUGCUCACUGGACUCUUUGUAGGCAUGGACAUCUACUUUGUGGCCAAAGACUCCAAAGAACUGAAGAAAGGGGCCAAGUCCGAGUUUGCUGCCAAAAUCAGGGAGGUGGCGACGCAGCUGCACGAUGGCCUGGUGGAGCUCAACACGAUACGAGAGGAGCUGCAGUGCACCGCUCCAGACAGCAACGAAGGCGAUGACACAGCCCCAAUGGACAGUGCCAAGAAAGAGAAAGAAGAGAAAUACGACCAACAUGACAGUUCAAGUGAAGAUGAAAUCGACCGCAUCAAAAAAGCCAUUAAGAAGGACUAUGAGAACAGAGAAUAUGUUUGAUGGAAAAUUCAAAAGGCCUGAAACUUUCGUUUCAGAUGCAAUUUUCAUACAUCCCAGUUCCCCUGCAAAACAUUACAAGUACUUUGAAAGUACAGGUUGGCAUCUAUUCUAUGAGGUGAGUGGUGCACAUUGCUCAAAACUGAUAACUACAAUCAGGCCGGUUUACAAUGAGGAAAUAUAAUAGUUUCUCAAAUGUGUUUUAAGGAUGUGAAUUCUGGAAUCUAAACACUCCUGGGAGAAACUGAGGCUGUAGAUAAAGUAAAUAUCUGCUUCUCUGGCUGUUGUGCCAAUGUGUUAAACCGCCAUGUUUUGUUUCUUAAGAGAAUGGGAUUCAAACACUUCGCUCACUGAUCAGGGGGAGAGAUGCGUAUACUUUUAAUUAAGUGCCUUAAUUAUUUUUAAAUUGCCUAAGAAAUACACUAUAAUGCAAUGUAGUGAUAGUCUAUGUUGUUUGUUUGGGUGUCAGGGCUGCAACAAAACCCCUUAUCCUCUGCUUGAAGUUUUGGAUUUAAUGUGGGAUUUUUUAACGUAUUGAUGAUAUUUUGUCUCAUUUAAAAAAAUGGGGCAAUAAGCUUUGCAUCAGAGGGUUUUUUUCACAAGAGCCAAUAAAACAACAAAAUUAACCUCAGAUUCAAACAGGAAAGGGUUGCUCCAGGUGUUUGUAUACACAUCAAUAAAAGCAUGUCAGUUUUUAACUAGAUACUAGCUAGUUUCAGUAAAUGGGGGUGCUUAAAACUUAAGCUAGUAAAGUUGUCUGAUAUAGAAAACCCUCCUAAUGCCCAAAGCAAUCAACGGUAGCUGCAGCAAAGCUUCAAAAAACAUGUUUAGCUGCCAAUACUUUGCAAAUGCCAUUAAUAGCCUUAUUUUAUUCAAGCAUAAACGGAGAAUUAUGUUUUAUUUAAAUGAUUCGUAUUCAUGCAGUCUAGAAUGAGUGGGAAUUAUCCGAUUAUGCUAACCUAGCUAACGCCACUUGUAUCUUUAAUAUUUCUGCUCUUUUUUCGUAAUGAAUGUUUUUCACUCCCAAUUAACACCAUUAUUAAAUGUAUUUUUGUAGUGUUAGAUUAUGUACGUCCCUCGUGUUUUAUAUCAUUGCCAUAUCUCCUCAGUCUAAACUAGUCACAAGGAAAGCAAACUAGCGUUAGCUUUGUUAGCUAGGCCUCACUUAUACCUGUCGCUGACUGAGUGUAAAUAUUUUAACAGCAACUAAUCUGUUCACGCCAAUCAGUUGUUUGGGAGCAACCGGUUUUAUUUGAUUGAAGUGUAAAUCUUAGUACACACUGGGAACAAUUGGUGCAACAUAACUGGAAGGUACAAACAUAAAAUCUGAGGAGAACUUCUCUGAUGGUGUUCUUUGUUUUUUAACAGUCCUGCAAGUUUAACCAUUGUCUUCAGCCGUAUUUAAGGUUUAAAGGGUUUGAAAAAUGGUCUCUUAAUAAACAACUGGAAUGACAAGGACUGUGUCAACCUGUUUGCCAUUUCCUUUUAUUACAGCAUUAAUAUUUUAAAUUAUUUCAAAGUCACUCUAACAAACUGUGUGUGGUUCAUACUGUAAGCUCUGCAGAUGUCAGUCCUGUUUAAUGAAUUAAUAUUUAUUUUCUGGGUGGAGUGCAUUCGAUACUACCUGUACAUGUGCAAUAUAUUGUAGAACGCUGUGUCGUACUUUUAAAUUGACAAAUAAAGGUCUGAGAGAGAAAUGUA